ACUGCGCUUUCAGCGGACCGACACCUCCAGCACGCAAAGGCUGAGGUUACUUGCAGAAUACGAUAUCUGACCAAGAAGAGCGCAAUAAUACGGUAGCGGACAAUCUCAAUUCCGUGGCUGAGCACGCCUUCACAAUGCCCACAGAAGCAGAGCCCACCAAGUCGACCACAGACACCAACCAUGCAGAAAAUACGCUACCUCAUGAUCACAGCUCUGAUGGUGAAGGGGGCGAGCGGACAGCAAGAGAGAAAUUGAGAACUACCACAAUUGAACAAGUUACGGAAGCAAACCAUGCUGGCACCAGCGCCGAAUCACACGUCGAGGUCGGGACCAGAGGGCGACCGUCCAAGAAACGUUCGUUCGAAGAUCUGCAAACCGAAGACCUCACUCCAGACGUCGAAAGUGGCGGGCCUCCACUCCCUAAGAAGGGUUUACACAAGAGGAUGCGGUCAAGAGAAGUCUCGGGCAGUGACGAGGUACAAGGACUUGAGCCUCGGGAUAGUGUUACGAGCCCAGUGCAGGAAGAGAGCGAUGCUGAAGCACAAAAGUCCCCAGGAGGCCCUGGCGUUCUGGUAUCAGCACCUGCAGACGACGGGACAGACAUGGUAGACCCAGAAAACACGAAGGAUGAAACUGCAUCUGUUGAUGUCCCUCUGGAUCCAGCAGACAACCCUGGUUCGAAAUCCGAUCAUGCAGAUGCUACACUUGCUACGAAGGAUCAAACAGCCAAACCCGAGAUCCCAUCCUCCUCCGGUUUUGCCAAUACCGCAACAGCGUCCCCAUUCAGCAGUUUCAAACCGUCAAAGUCGCCCAGCAAGGAACCGGAGCCUGCUCCUGCCACCGAUAAAUCCACCUCCACGUCAACAUCAACCUCAGCGUUCGCAUCAUCAGGCUUGUCAGCUUUUGCUUCUUCAGAUAGAUCACCCUUCGCAAGUUCGUCGACAAAACCUAGCGGCGGCUUUGGUGGAGGCGGUGGAUUGGGUGCAUUUGGAUCAGCUUCGAGUGGUUUCGGUGGUCCGUCUCCUUUCACCAGCAAGCCGGCAUCCGGGUUUGGUUCAGGAGGAGGUUUCGGUUCUGCAGGCGGCCUUGGCAGCGGGUUUGGUGCCUCUAAACCGUUCUCAGGUGGUAGUACAUCAUUUGCAGGACCCCCCGGCGCUGCCGGCACAUUUGGCAAAGCAAAACCUUUUGCAUCAACUGCUGAUGAUCACGAAGAGGGAAGUGAGAACGAAGCGGACGGAGAUGAAGCACGUUCAUCCGCCGUCGAUGCCCCUGCAGAUCCCAGGUUUAAGGAACAAGAGGUCGAGACUGGCGAAGAAGGCGAAGAGACCAUCCUUGCAUGCCGAGCGAAGCUGUACCACUUCGAAAAGGAGUGGAAAGAACGUGGUGUUGGUGUCUUUAAGAUCAAUAUUCGUUACGAAAAUAAGGCGAUAGGCGACGAGGCAUCCGACGAGAAGCCAGAAGAUGAAGAGGACGUCGAGUCUGCCGGACAGGCAGAUUUCACGGCUGUCGAGCGGAAAGCUCGUCUCAUCAUGCGAACAGACGGUGUGCACCGACUUGUUCUGAACACACCCGUGUUCAAGGACAUGAAUGUUGGAACACACGAUGGCAAAGAGCCCAGCGGCAAAACCAUGCAUUUGACUGGUUUAGAAGAGGGCAAACCUACCGGCUACCAGAUCAAGGUCGGAAAAGAAGACACCCUGAGAGAAAUCUAUUACAAGAUCAUGGAAUUGAAAGACGAGUUAUGAGAGGACUUUCUCUUUCGAGGGGAUGAUAUGGUGGUUUGUUGGAGGCGAUCACAAGUUUCACAAAUACCCCAGAGGAGUGCUUCAGGCACAUCAGAGCGGUUCUCACUGGCCACUGGCAUUACAAUCAGUAUGAUCGAGAUGAGUUGGUGAUAGUAGCUUUUGGGCAGACAAAGUGUCGCUCGAUGCGAUCAUAGGG